AUGCCGACGAUGUCAGACGGAAACACAAUGGAAAAGCCCAAACUCACUCUGCCAAGACUUCCGCCACCUCCGCCGAGCGGACUCCCAACUCCUCCGAAUAGUAAGACAGCUGAUGGAAGGGAACGCUUGCAGCAUAUAGUCAACGUGGCGAUUGAGGUUGCUACAAGACACAAUCACCCGGAUCAGGUCCGGGCCAUCCGAGAGAUGUACGAACUAUCGAAAAAAGACACCACAAUUUCAGAGUUGAUGGACAAAGUGCUUGCUCGAAAGGCAACCCCGGAGCAGUAUGCUCAAUUCCAGAAGCUCAUGAGAAAUCUUCAGACGGAAAUGAAGGCCCCAAGCAUGGCUCCACAGACUCCGGUUGGUCCGGCGCCUCAUCAACAGCAGAAUGGCUCAUACCCUACGGUUGGAGGGAAUGGUUUGGGGGCAGAGGGGACGCCUGGAGGCGCGGCGCUGCUUAGUUCGGAACCGUCUAAGGUUCAGGAUACGGAGAAGACUACAAGUUUGAUGGAACCAGAGCGCCAACCUAUAGCCGAGCCAAAAACUGGAUCCGACACAAUAGAUCAGAUCGAUAUCGAAAACACUCCGUCAAAUUCGCAGAAUAAUAUGGGACGGACUCUCGGACAUCCGAGUGAUGCGAUGUCUGACUUUAGAGCUCCCAAGAGGCUCAAAAGAGUACGCAGAGAAGGGGAAAUUGAGUCGGUCCAAGGGGAAAACAGAAAUGGAGAGGAACGGGAGGGGAGGAAUGGAAACGUUGCCGAGGAGGGGGGAAACGAAGGAGGGAGGGGGACCAAGCGGGGGGAGGGGGUUAUAAGAACAUCUCCCCAAAACAAGUCUAUUUUUAGUGAAGUUAUCAACAGUGAUAAGGAGUUCGUUUCCAAGGUUGUCAAAGGGUGCCUUGAACGAAGCCUUAAGAACGGGCAUGCUGAUAUCGGUCGCGCAAUUCAGAGCUUUUACGAAAAGUCUUUGGUGGAAUCUCAACUUGAAGGCUUUUUUGAAGAGUUGAUCACUGGGAGGAUAGACAAGGGGCCAGUGGUUAAUUUCCAGAAAUUCAUUGGGGAGUACAUACGGAACACUCAAAAAUCCAAGCUAAAAGAGGUUUCUAGCAAUGUCCAAAAGAUUCAGUCACCGAUAUCUGGUGAAAAACCAGUCGUGGAUUCUACAUCAACUUCCGACGCGAAUACACUCCUAUCAACCAUGAUCAGCCCCUCACCGCCCGUGCCCGAGCAGUCAUAA